GAUUUGGCGCGGAAACUCGUAGCUUUUCUCGUGCGCCAUCUGAAGGUUUUCGUCAGAAGCUUGAACACCAGAAUUCUCAUGUCAAUGCUAUUUUGCGACUAGGCCUGUGUGAAAAGUCCCUGGAAGAGAUUGCCGCUUCUGGAAAAUACAUUGCCGAGGGCAAACAUGGUCAAAGGAGGUCGGAAGAGCAGUGUGGCUGCCACACCAGUGGAAGUCAGGACUUACAGCAAAGGCGAAUUGGUUUUUGCUAAAGUUCGAGGUCACCCGGCUUGGCCUGCGAGGAUCGAGGAAGUUUUCAUAAAUCAGAACAAUGCACUGAAUAGAUACACCGUCCUUUUCUUUGGAACUCAUCAAUUCUCUCAGUGUAAAAAUGAAGAUCUCUGUAAGUAUGAGGAGCUCUGUGAUGCCAUGAGGUCUAAAUACAAGACCAAACGAUUUGUUGCGGCAAUGAAAGAGGUUGAAGAGAAUCCUGGUAUUGUUAUUCUACAACCAAACCAAGUGGCUGAUCAAGAAGAGGAGGCAUUGUUGGCUCUGGAAAAUUCUGGUGACAAAGCAGAAGGAUCUGAAGAUGAGGAUUCAAGUGAGCAGCCUGGUUCUAGUUCAAAGAAGAUCAAGAGUGCCAAAUCAGCCACCCAAAAGCGCAAAACGAAACCGAUUGAGAGUGAAGAUGAUGAUCACAGCUCUGUUGAAAGACCAGCCUCCAAGAAGAGGAAAUUGAGCAGCCUGCGUAUUAAACUGAACACUCCCACCAGAAAGACUGGCAAAGUGGAUGAAGAACCUGUCGUGGAGAAGAAAGCUGCUGAAAAUGAAACCCCAGCAACAAAGACAAGGCCUUUGCCUGAACUUCCCCAGACCAAGCAGGGAAGUGCAAAUGAUCCAGAGUGUGAUGAAGAUCUCUAUCUAGAAUAUAGAGAACCUGAAGAUGAGAACAUGCCUGACGACGAGAGGAUAGUCAGGAAGCUUAUUAAGAACUCUGUGUGGGAGAGCAAGACAGAUGAUGUUGGCCUUGAUAUUGUCAUCAGAAAAAUGGGCUAUUAUUUCAAUGAGGACAAAAUAAAAAACUGGGAUCCAAGUGAACUGAAAGAAAUGAUCAACUCUGAGCGCGCUCAUGCGAAAGAGAAAAUACAGGAAUGCCUUACUUUUGAUCAAGAGGAAGAGCUGAAGAAAAGUGAAUCUGUGCCUGAGAAGAGGGUGAAAGAGAAAGAUGAAUCCAACGGCGACUCUGAUGAAGACCCUGACCAGGAUGAUGUUGACAAGGGUGAAGGUGUCUUCAUCAAGCACUUUACCAGAAACCAAGUUGAUUUGAUGCUGCAGUUGAAGCACUUGAGGUGCAGUCCCGAUUACUUUGCCUAUGUUGUUCAGCUUGUCUUGGAAAAUCCGGAUAAUGACUUCAGCCUUGAUAGCCAGCCACUUCCUCUUGAAGAGCAAAGAAGGCUGUACACCAAUGAAGAGAAAUACCAGCUGCUAACAGGUGAGAUUAGAGACAAGUUGCCGAAAGGAGAGAAGCACGACACCAAGACUGCCAUUGCCCUCCUUGAGAACAUUUUGGAAGUUGAGCUGACGAAAGUCAUGGUUUGCAAAUAUCCCAAUGCUGCUUACAUUUUGACGCGCCUGUUGAAGUACGAAGGCAGUAAAAAUGAGGGAAUGUCUGACGAGGAGCAGAGUGAGGAAAAGGUUGAUGCAGAUAUUAUCAGAGGCCUCACCGAGGAAGUCAUCAAAAAGCUGCAGGCUUUGAUUCUUCCAAAAGACUGGGAAAAAUCAUUCUGCUCUGACGAUGGCUUCCAUAGUGAUCAAGAUGGGGAAAACAGUCAAGCUGACAACAAGUCCAAGCAUUUAAAGAGCAAGGGUCUGUGGAUGUUGCACGACUUGAUUCGUGCUGCUCACCUGGUCAUGACCAGAGCUGCAGAAGGCAACGCUGAUGAAUAUGCCAAAAUUCUGCAACCGACUGUUGCCAUCCAGAUGACAAAAUCGCAGUGCAGGAAAUUGAAGACAAUGAUGUGGAACUUCAAGAGUAGUCCGUACAGACUUGAAAAAGAAGCCUGUUUUAAGACAUGUGCGCUGGCCCGAAGCUUGCACCCUUGGUCUGACGUUCCUGCUGACUUGUACUUGCCAGUUUUGCAGAAGCAGAGGAAGGACGAAAAUGACAAUGGAACUAAGGAAUCGACUGACAAGAAAGAGACAACAAAUUGAUUCGGAAUGUUGAACUUUAAUUUCAUAAUUUUCAGUCGAGUUAAUCCGCUUUGAAGGGUUUUAGUGGUUUCCGGACCCCCAAUGCGUAUGCAAUUUGUAAAUAUUUACGCAUGUCCAUUUGAGUUGGGCUUUUUCUAAUGCAAUCGAUGAAGCCUGAUGGCGGAAUUUUGUAUUGGUGCGGAUAAUUGAUGAACUAUGGCAAUGAUUAUUAAAUAGAAAUGAAUAGUAA